AUGACCACAGAAAAAGGAAUAUAUCAUUGGAAGUUGGGGGAUCUUGCUCUUGCCAGAAUUUGUAAAAAAGUUUAUGCUAAUGUGCGUGUCGUGAAAGAUGAAAAGGGAUUAUUCUACGACGACAAAGUUCUGGGAAUAUCAGGCAAUCCGGAUGGCUCAAUAAUAGUCACAAAGGAAUUAUGCUAUUAUGUAGAGACAUGUAAUAAAAUGAACAGGUUAUGGAUACCUUAUACUAGUAUGCACCUGGCUGAAAGAUCUAGGCCAUUCUAUGGGCCUGCUGAUAGAGCUCCAAAAGUAUCACCUCCUAAAGCUAAGAUGGUACCAAGAAAGAGAAAAAUUAUAGAAGAUCACACUGUACCACUCAACAUAAAACUCUCAAAGUCAAAAGAGCCUGAUUUAAACACAACAUAUGACAUACGCCACACACCUUUAAAACAAGGUAGAUAUGAAAAUGCCUUUAAGGAAUUUAUACGUAGAGGCAAAGAGAUGCUUUUUGAUCAGUACUACACAUUGCUGCAAUCUAAUACUGUCGCUAACAGAGACACAUUGGAUUACUUAAUCAAUGUAGAUGCUAGUACGGAAGAUAAGUUUGAGAUGGUAAUAAAAGACAUAGCAUCUGAGAAAGAAAUAGAGAACUACUUGCAUCAGUGCUGGAGAUACAAUUUUGUUCAUAAACAAACCAGUAACAAUUAUAACAAUAAUGACAAGAAUGGCUCCGAUAGUUCUACUUCUACUUCACCAGUGAAGGCACCGAUAACAAUACACACUUCUUGGUGUUUAGUCUGUGGCAAGGGUGAGAGGCUAAAGGAGUGUCUAAAUUGUCCCUCUUCAUUUCACAUUGCUUGCAGAAGAGAGUGGCUUGUUUCUAUAUUACAUCGCAAGAACCCUCCUAGGAAGCCCGCCAAACCUGUGACUCUGGUAGAAAAAAUACUUUCUAGCACUCGUACCAUAUGCACUGUUAAGAGAGAGAAGGAGAAUAUGGAACUAUGUCCCAGUUGCAUGUGGGGACCUAAAGUUGGUUACGACGACGUGGUGUGGCACAAGCUGGGCCAGUGCGCGUGGUGGCCCGCGCGCGUGCUCACGCCCGGCUCCACGCCGUCCUGCCUGCUCGCCAGGAACCACUCGCCGCAUCACUGGCCACUCAGAUACUAUGGUACCCUAAACCACUCUUGGGGCGAUUUGUCCCGCAUGUGCCUGUUCCUGCCAUCGCAUGCCAACAGCCUGCCCAGGGACGAGGAGGUCGCAAGCGCCGUACUCGACGCCUGCGAUGAUUAUAUAGCAGUUUAUCUUACUUAG